AUGUUCGGAGCAAGAAUAAGCCUAAAAUAUAAUAGUAAUUCGACUCACUAAACUUGUUGGGGAGCUAUUGUAUCGCUGUCUAUAAUUGCCUAUUUAUUGUACCAAUUUCUACUUCAAGCAGAAAAUUUAUUGCAAGGCAAAAAUUUUCAAUUAGUUUAUAGCGAGAACUCUGAAGAAGAGCCUAAAUAAGCAAAAAUAUCUGCUAGUGAAUUUCCACUUGCAUUGGGGAUUAAGCAAAAUGAUUUUUCUAGUAGCUUUUUACAAAGAGAAUCUUUCAAUGUAGAAGGAAUUCAAUUUUCAAUUUAGAGAGUAUUAAAUAAUUAGACUAACUAAUAUGAGUUUUAGACUGUUUAAGAAUCGUUUAGCUUGGAACCUUGCUCAGAAAGCAGCUUUUAAAUAUAGGAAAUUGCAAGCGAAAUUAAAAAGUAUCCUCUAAAUUAUUUGUAUUGUAUACCAUCAAAUAGCAGUUAUUCCUUGUAAGGAUAACCUGAGUCAAAUACAUAUAAAUUUUUAAAAUUCAAAAUCAGCUAUUGCAAAAGUUAAUUAAAUUGCUCAGAAUCUCUUUAAAAUUAAUAAUAAACCUCUUUGUAUACUAUUUAUGUAAAUAGAAUAAUUGACGCUGAUAGAUUAGAAGAUUAGUUAUUACCAAUGGUUCAAAGUAUGUAAUGGACUGCUUCAAGCGGAACUAAAAGAAUUGAUUUAAGGUUUAAAAAUGCUUAUGUAAAUUCUUAAAUAGGAACACUUUUUUAGUCAAUAUAAAGUCAACAAAAAUUGCUCUUCAGUUCAGAUAAAGAGCUGAUUACUGACUACAAUAAAAACAAUAUGCUUUUUGAGCUAAAUUUGUCUUUAGAAAACAAUAAAGAAUCAAUAUAUAACAUAAAAUAAUAAACUCUAGUUUAAUUCUUUUCAUCAAUAGGUGGUUUAGUGAACUGCUUCUAUUUUAUAGGACUCAUUUUAGCUAUGCCUGCUUCUAAAUUUAGUUAUAAUCAAAAACUUUUAAACAGUAUUUUUAAUUUCUAACUAGAUUAAAAUCAGCAAGAAUCAUCAUAAUAAGAAUCACCACAAAUCUACAUUGACAAUUAAAAAUCUUAAAUUACAGAGAAUAAUACUAAUACUAAUAAUAAUAAUAAUACAGUCAAUCAUAGUAAUAAUAAUAAUAAUCGCUCUAUUUUGAAAUAGAAUUUUAAAUUUAAGUUCAAUCGCUCUCACACAAUUUAAACUGCGUAAACAGCAAGAGACCCUUUGAACAGUAACAUCACUCAUAAAGCUUACAACAAUAGUAUUUUUAGAAAAAACAAUUUACACAAAGAAUCUGAAGAUCAAAAGGAUGAAGAACUUGGUGGUAGCAAUAGUAUAAGUCAAAAAAUAGAUAUAAAUUAGAAUGAGAUUUAACUUGAAAAUAAACAAAACAAAGAAUAAACCACAGUGAUAAAUUAAUAUCAAACACUGAAUGAUUUUAGCACUUUGAAUUUAAAUGAUAUACAGCUAUCUAGUUAAAAAAGGUAGGAUAAAUUAAAUGAUAGUUUUUGUUCUGCGCAGGAGAAAAAACAUAAGAUAGCUAAUACUUCUUAGUUCUGUUAGAAUUAAGAUGGUUAAAUUCCAUUUAAAUAUAUAAGGAGAUGUGAAACACAAAAGCUAGAAGAUUUAGCGUUUACUGAUCAUGAUAAAAGAAAUGAAGAUGAAUCUAAAAACAUUGAUGAUAAAUAUAGCAAUUGUCGGUAAAGAAGAGUGAGUCAACAGGUUUAAAUUAACACUGAUCAUACUUAAAGUAAAACUAUUAAUUAAAGCAAGAACUAGAAUUAAAUAGCUCAAAAUAAACAAAAUUUAAUCACAUAAAUGAGUCUCCUUAAGAACACAAUAAAAAUAAAAAUUUAAGAUUAACUUCUGAGCAUAUUUUGCAAGAAGAAAAUCAAAUCUCGAAUGAUAAAUUAUGGUAUAGAGAAAAUAAAUGAUUUUUUAGACAUAAAUAUGUUCAUUAAGACAAUAGUAGAAUUUCAGAAACUCAAAAGAAUUCUCAUGAACAAAGAUUAAUUAAUUCUCUUUGAACUUAUACCUCCUCCUCUUAUACACGAACAGUAGUUUACUAAUAAAAUUUCAGAUGAAGAAAAUGAGAAAGAAUGCUAUUCAGCAUUUAAUACAGGAAUGGUUUUUGAAGAUUACAGAACCUAAAUUAAAAAAAUGAAGGAUGCCUAAAGCUCCUACAAUAGAAUUUUUAAAUCUUCAAAUACCUAACAUUCAAAACCCUCCUUUGUUGAUAAUCAAAUUCUCUUAUACAUAGGUUAAAAUCUUAAAAAGCAAUUUGAUGAAAAUACUUUUAGAUGA